CUCCUCGCAGAUCCCGGCGCCGGACUGGCUGUUUUGACACUCUCCAGCUCCACCCACCCACCAUCUGUCCACCCAUCUGUCCGCGACCAGCAGUCAUGAUGACCGCCAUCUCAAUCUCAUGGGUGCGUGCCCUCGUGGCUGUGCUGGUCAGCGUGCCCUUGUCAGCCGCUUUCAGGAUCAGCUACAUUGAUGCAGCAGGUGACUGACUGGCGCACUAGAUAUUGGAUGCAGCAGAUGCAAGCAUGGAUCUGCCUCCGUUCGCGUGCCCUGCAGGGAUGAGGCCGAGCACGAGCAACUUGAGGAGGUCAGGGGGUGGACAUAUCAGCGUGCUGCGGGCCGGGGGGGUGACACUGCCUCACGAUAUGAUCGACCCAUACGCCGUAAGACGCAACCGCCACUAUACUGGACACACAGCCAGGCACCUGACUGCAGCUGCUGAUGUGUUCGUCCGCAUCUGUGGAUGUGAUGUGGUGGAUGCGUGCAGCCGCUGAAGUCUGAUGACUACAUUGCUCUGGGCCUUGCAUGCUGCUACCUCCUCAAUGACAAAAACAAACUCGAAGGUCAAUCUGACGGACGAUGUGUGCUCGCCCACCCAUAUGUGCGACACACAGAGGGCCCCCUGUCUGUCUGUCUGUCUGUCUGUCUGUCUGUCUGCCGCUUUGCCUUUGCAUUUUGUGUGCAGAGUACUGGGUGAUAGAGCCUUUGACAGCCGGCACGCUUGAGACCAUCGACAGGGGCGUGGACACGUCAUACCGGCGGGUGAUGGCGCUCACGUUGGGCGACCUCUUUGAAGGAGACGACGUCAACAGCCCUACUGGUGGGGGGGUCGGCCAAAAGCGAACACACGCGAGCAUUCUCAUGGUUCGGGUGUGUGGGUGUGUGUGUAUGGGUGGGUAAUAGGUGCGAGGUUGUCUGCGGUCGAGCCGAUGAUCAGUGGCGAGGAGGCGCGAUUCUCCGAAGCUCUCACUGAACGUGUCCUUGCCGCUGCAAGGACGUUCAGGUGCCUAACGAAAGAUACCCACAAACACAAACAGACAUCAUCCACACACGCACGCACACAUGCUUAUCUCUGUCUGUCUGUAUCUCUGUCUGUAUGUAUGUAUGUCUGUCUGUGUGUCUGAAGGCGUCGGCCAGAGGCGCAGUUGCUGGACUUGGGUGAGGUGGCUGACGACUUCAACUUCAGCACAGAAAGGAAGCGCAUCCUCAACCAGAAGUUUGAACCCUCAUUCGACGACAACGUCAAGCAGCACAGCAGCAUCGACGUCUACGGCCGCACAGAAAGCGAAUCCAGCGACGAGCAAGCAGAGCUGGACAAACAGAUUGAGGAGUUGGCCAAUGCAUGAGCCACAUGUCGACAGACAGACAGACAGACAGAC